AUGAGCCACACACCGACGCAGCAGAACACGCCGGUCCCCUCCAGACCCCGAACGUCAUUCCUCAUUCAAGAUAUCCUCUGGGACGGCGCGGAACGGGGAGCGCGGCAGGAGAGGGAUGCCACAGCAGAGACGUACCUGUCGGACUGCGACCCCCCUCUGCGAGCCCUGCCCGUCGCCCAUCGCCCCCCCAAGCAGGCGAAGCGCUCGCGGGCAGCGUUCUCCCACAGCCAAGUCCUCGAACUGGAGCGCAAAUUCAGCCACCAGAAAUACCUGUCGGCCCCCGAGCGAGCCCACCUGGCCAAAAACCUGCAGCUCACCGAGACCCAAGUGAAAAUCUGGUUCCAGAACAGGAGGUAUAAAACCAAGAGGAAACAGGUCGCUUCCGAAACGGGACUGGACCCGGGGCCGAAAGCGGCCGAGCUGCCCGGAGCGGCGCUGCUGGCGCUGCGUUUGGGGGGGGCUGGCCCCCCCCCCCCCUGCCUCUACUACUUGAAUGGCUGGAGUGCCUCGUGGUGGUAA